AUGUUGCUCUCCAACAUCCUCGCGCCCGCCUUCACGGCGCUCUCUUCUUUUUCUCACGGCCUCAGCUUCGCGCCGCACCCCGACGAAGACGUCGACUUCUACUCCCUGAUCCGACAAUAUCAGCGCGACAUCAGCUUGAUGUCCCCGAAUGAUGCAAACAUCCCUAAUCUCGUCUCUCGUCUCGAAAACGCCACCGCCGACAUCAUCCGCUUCUACGACCUCGCGUCCCGCAACCUCGGCGUCACUCACCUGCACUUCCAGUUCUUUCCGCAGGUGUACACCAAGGGCAGCCGCUUCGGGGAGCAGGGAGAGCUCGUCCACGAUGCGCGGGUGUUGAUGGAGACCGUUCAAGAGGCGUUUCUGCAGAGUGUCAGUCCGCAGACGGUGGAGUUUGGGGGCGAGCUCAAGCGGGUUCAGGAGGCGCUGGACGCGAUCUUGCACAUGAGCGCAGAGUAUGAGAGAGGGUGGCUUAAGACUACGGUUUUGAUCAAUAGGAAAGUCGAGAAGGAGGAGACCAAGUCUGAGAAGAAACCCUGGUCGAACACUCGUGGCAAGGAUUCAGCGACUUCGCCCGCCGCGAAGUGGGACACAUGUGAGACUUCCUCGAAACUCGGCGGCGACCUCCUCGAUGAGCUGACGCCGGACUCGAUCACGACGGAUGAGCCGUGGGAUGUAUAUCCGCCAGAGGGUUGUAUUAUGCAGGAUGUUCCAGACACCAUCGCCGCCAAGCAGAGCAGAGAGGUCGAGGAGCACAUGCAGGAGCCUGCGGAUAAUAGCGAGUGGGACAUCACAGAUACCGACGAUCUCGCCCAAGACACGACCUCUUCGACAAAGCAGGAGGUCAAGGUGCAGCAGCUGAUGUACGACAGCACUAUCCGGCUCUUCGAUUCGUUGCAGAAAAUUGGCAGGUUACAUGCGCAACGUGAAGAGGAGAUGGACGCGAUCCUCGCGGCAAACCAGGAGACCCAGGAGGAAAUGCGUUGGACUUUCGAGGGGCUUGCCCACAAGGCUAGCACGCUGAAAGACUCAUUGCUUCAGGCCGUCGACGAGGUCAAGGGCCAGCUGCUAGAGCUAUCACGAAGACUACAGCAAAUCCAUACGGCCAUCGAUGAACUAAACAGGGAGCUAGAGCUGCAGGAGCACACCGCACACCCUAACGGCGAAGAGCAGCACCAGAUCAUGGCAUCUGGCACUGUCCGUGGGGAACUCAUCGCUCUACUCCGUCGUGAGGCAGAGAACAGUCCCAAGUACGCCAAGCUCAAGCGCGUCGACGAGACCAUCCAACAGCUCGACGCGGCAGAGGCGCUCUGGCAGACUCGCGGUGGGCAGCAGUCCGCCCAAUUUCGAGCGAUUGACGCUUUGGAGGAUGAGCUGCUUCGGCGGUGGGGUAUCGAGGAUGAUUGA